ACAAAAUUUCAAAAAAUCCUAAUUUAUAUAUUUAUUCUGAUAGCAUAAUCUUCAAUAUUUAUAUGGUUAUUUAUUUCUAACAAAAAAUCUAGUUUGUAGGGCUGGAUCAAAGUCGUGAUAAAUGUUGACAUUCAAUAUGGCGGUAUGUCGUCAGUGCUAUGCUGUGUCGUGCUUGUGAAUAUCGAGUUAAACACGUAUAGAUAGCAACAGAGUUAUACGAAUCUACCUUCAUCCAAGCUAAUGUACCACGAGCUCCGACUCAGCAAGCAUUGAAGACAUCUGAGGAUUUAGCAUAACAUAAUCAUAAGUAGUUUUUAUUUUGCAACAUUAGUGGUUUUGGUGUAUAAAUUGUGACUUUUACGUUAAAGACUCCAUAGUGUUCAAAUGAACACAAAAGACUAAAAGAAAAUGUGAUUUGAUGUAAAAAUUUGUAACCUCUACGGAAACUUAACACCACACAACAUUCUGUGAUAUAUAUCGGUACCCUAGGUACUGAAUCUUUCUACCUGUAUUCAAGAAAGCUACAGAAGGCCAAGAAUGUCCAAUCCUCAGUGGAAGAUGUUCCAACCGCCCGAAACACACUCAUCACCCUUGCAAGACAUUUUAGAUCUCCAGCAUUCUAACAUGCAACCCAAAGCAUCAUACCGUAAUGGUGAGUAUCCAAGUUCACCAAGGGAUAAUUACAACGGUCAAUCAAAGACUGGUGGUGGCAACCGCUUCUCUCUGGGUUACAAUAUUGACGGCUGUCCAAUGGGCGACUCGGUUUAUUCUUCUGGCUCUACUAACAAUUCUUCGUCUCAACAAUAUGACUCAAUGAAUCACCCACCUAUUAGAGAGACAGGCAUUAUUGAAAAGCUUCUGCACUCCUAUGGAUUUAUUCAGUGCUGUGAGAGACAGGCCCGUCUCUUCUUUCACUUCAGCCAGUUUAGCGGCAAUACUGAACAUCUGAAGAUAGGAGACCCUGUGGAGUUCGAGAUGACAUACGAUCGUCGCACUGGAAAGCCAAUAGCUUCAACGGUGACUAAGAUUGCACCUGAAGUGGUGUUGAGUGAAGCCCGUGUAACUGGGACAGUAACUACAGAAGUAAAGGGAGAAGGCUCUGGGGACAAUACUGGAAGAAUUUCGUAUGAAAAUCGUGGUGAAUGUUUCUUUUUACCUUAUACUAAAGACGACGUUGAGGGUAAUGUCACUCUGCGCACUGGAGACGCUGUCAGUUUCCAGAUAGCAACUAAUCAGCGUGGUACGUUGGGAGCGUGCCAUGUCCGCUUUGAAAAUCCUGUGCAUCCUGUCAAAUAUCAUGGAGUGGUUUGUUCCAUGAAGGAAAACUUCGGAUUCAUUGAACGUGCAGAUGUAGUGAAAGAGAUAUUCUUCCAUUAUUCGGAAGCUAAGACUAAAGAAGAGCUGGUCUUGGGAGAUGAUGUAGAAUUCAUCAUUCAAACUAGAAACGGAAAGGAAGUGGCUUGUAACAUAACGAAGUUGCCGAGCGGUUCCGUCGUGUUUGAGGAUGUUAGUCCGGAGAUAAUGCGCGGACAAGUGUUGAAGCCAUUGGAACGCGGGAGCUUGGUGCGCGUGGCUCAGAACGAUCCUCUGCCUGGCCGCAUCAGAUAUCGGGCAGCUGACCACUCUGAAGUAGAGGUACCUUUUGGUGACAAGGACCAAUGUGGCGAGUUCACUCUGCGCCACGGGGAUUGGGUCCAGUUUCAAGUCGCCACAGAUCGCAGGGAUCAAUUGAAACGUGCCACAAACAUCUCAUUGUUAGAUGAAUCAUUCAAUGUUUCUGGUGAACGGAGGGAGCAAGGAGUAGUGUGCUCUUUGAGAGACGGAUUCGGAUUUAUUCGGUGUGUUGAGAGGGAACACACUAUGUUCUUUCACUUCGCUGAAGUGCUACGUCUUGGUCAAGAACUCAGUGUCGGUGAUGAGGUGGAGUUUACAGUAGACCCAUUGAGCACAUUCUCGAAUAUGAACAAUCGCCAAUCUGGCAUCCGCAUCAAGCAUCUCCCUCCUGGAACUGUGAAGUUCGAAACUCUGAUUGAGCAUGGCGCCCGCGGCGUUGUCACGAAGGAGGCUCAGCUUUAUCCGUCUUCCACUUCUAGCCCGUCUCGCCCCCCUCCAUCGGAAUACAAUGGCUUGAUUAGUUGGCAAGUAAACCAACAGACUAAGAAAUCCAUCCCAUUCUCAGCGAAAACAUGUGAAUCCAAAAUGCUCCCGCGUAAUGGCGAUGUAGUUACUUUUGACUUAUACCAGAUAAAACGGACAAAAGAGUUGGUGGCUAAGUCAGUACAAGUACAGCACAGUCUCACCAACGGGAAUAACAACAAUGGCGCCGGCAAUCGGCCUCUCAUGCAAGGCUUUAUUGCUGCUCUCAAAGAUGGAUUCGGUUUCAUUGAAACCUCGGACCAUACAAAAGAAGUAUUCUUUCAUUUUAGUAAUUUGGAAGGCAAUCCAGAUGGUCUGGAACUAGGCUGUGAGGUGGAGUAUACCUUGGGACGAGUGAACGGGUCUGGAGGAGGGUGCGCGAGUGCUGAGUACGUGCGGGUGUUACCACGCGGCUCUGUACCCAUCGCGAAGCCGCUUGACCCUACACUCAACGGAACAGUCACCAGGACUUUGCGGGCAUUGAAUCCUGACCAAGCUCACUACUGCGGAUUGAUUCAAGUAGAAGGUGGCACCUCGUACGAGUUCGGUAUAAUGGGCUUGGCGUGCAAGCGUGAAAUACUACAGGUCGGCGACCCAGUCACUUUCCAGGCCGACGUAGAGGGCCGAGCUACAAACAUUGUGCCAAUUAGGAAGAAGAGGCGUGCCACUGUUGACGCUAUUAAAGGUGGAUUUGGUUUCCUCUCCCUGGAGGCCGAGGAUAAUCGUCGCCUAUUUUUCCACAUGUCAGAAGUCCGUGGCAAUCCUGCAGAUCUACAACCCGGUGAUGUGGUCGAAUUUGUAAUGCUGACCAACCCUAGGAAUGGCAAGUCGUCCGCUUGCAACGUCGUAAGAAUUGGUGGCAAAGGUUUUGCUGGGGGCAAGGCCAGGUGCGAACGCCCGGAGCGUUUGUUGGCGCGGCUCCGUACAGCCUCGCUCGAGGAUUCUAGUGGACCACGGGUAGUCGUAUUGCGCGCCCCUCGUGGUCCUGAUGGUACUCGUGGUUUCCGCCCACGGCGACCUGUUGCAGAACAACUAGCUGAGUAAGAUCAAGACAUCAGCACUAAGGCCUCAACCAUGUAGGUAAACAUCUUAAUGGUUUGAUUUUCCACUUCAAAUUUUUUCAUUGUAUUCAUGAGAGACUGACUUAUCCUCUUUUCUUUAGCAGCAUUUAGGAAAUUGUUUUGUUAUUUUUACUAAUUCUAGGUGAAAACAAUAAAUUAUUGUCAGCUGUCAUUAAUACAGAUCAAAUACGCGUAAAUAUGUUUGUAUAACAUCAAUAAGCAAGGUACAUAUCAAUUAAUCAAACCAAUUUGCGUUGCUUAUUUUCAGUUUAUUUAUGUAAGAGGUUCUUUUUCGCAUAGAGACGUUGUUCAAAAUUCCGUUUGCACCAUUCCUUGGCCAAUGUAAAUGUUAUGGUUUGCCAAGUUCAAUAUGUAUUUGUCCGCGUUGUCGCGACACAUGCCACAUGAAGUUGACGUGAGCACCGAACAGCUAACCAUCUGAUUAUUAACUGUUCGCUGUAUUGGGAUUGGCAUCGAAAACAAUGUAAAUAUUUUAUAGAAGCUAGGUAUAAUGUGUAUAAAAUGCUCAUAAUCAAAUGAACCCGGCUAGUGUGUGAAUCCAUUGUCAAUGAAGUAUCAUCAGGUAAUGGUUAUAACAUGAAUGUUGCAUACACUGUCUGUCAGCUGGAAAUAGAUUUUCGUCGAAGCUUAGUGUGUCUAAGUGAACUGUAUAAGUAAGGUGCGUGAUGAAGUAAUGUAAUAAAUUGAUGGACAUUUGAUACACGUUGUUGCGGUUGUUGUUACGUUUAGUAGAUCUCUUUAUGCGAAACAUACUGUGAUGAUGAAAAUUUGUUGUGCAAUAAAAAGAUAAGAUGUUGUCCUCACAGGACAGUGCUAGUCUCUUAGUAUUAUGCGAUCCCCGCUCGUCACGUAUGCGCUUCAUAUGAUAUGUGUCGUGCACUGUGCUAUUGUGAUGAUGGCUAACCUUAAUUAACGAACAAAAUAUUCAUUGUUAAUCGGAAAAGCAUUUAUGCAAUGAACUGGAAUGGAACCAAAGACUGACUUAAAAUAUUUAUAACAGUAAUACUUAUUGGUAUUAGAUUAUUUUGAUCGGCUAAUUGAUGUGGACCCAAGUGUUCAUUGUGGCCAUAGGUUUGUAACAAAUGAAUGUUUUCAGGAGAAAUGUAUUUGAUUUAAAUUUUUAGUUUAUUAAAUUAUGAAAUCAAAGAUAUCUCAGUCUGCAUUCUAUUUUAAUAUAUAAUGUAACAACUUAUUAGUGUAGGUAAGUUCAGAACAUCUCUAAAGUGAUGUGAUGUAGCGAUCUACUUUAAUGUCGCUAUGACCUAACAUACAGCAAUAACGUUUUCUAAAUUAUGUAACUACCUCCUUUGUACAUAUAUUAUAUCAAUCUAACAACGACGUACCUACUUAUUUGUUUGUAAAGUGGUUAGGGUACUAAUUUGGAUGUAAACUAAUAAUAAUAACUAAAUUUAUUGUUAGCUGCUUCUCAAUUUGUCAAUAUCUGAAUAAAAUGUACUGGAAACUGUCCAGGAAUUGAGAAGAAACACCCUUACUACCAUGAAGUGCGCUUCAACACUUGUAUACGCUACAAUUACAUAAUGUUGUGUUACUUGUAGCGAUUCCAAGCAAUAAAGCAAUUCUAUGUGUUACAAAUAAUGAUGCAUUAUAUAUUGAAUAUGUUUGCGGCUUGUCGAUGGCGAACUUAUUUUGUACAUAAUACUCAUUGUGAGAAAUAUGAUUCAAAUAAUUAUUGUUAUGUUUUGAAUUACUCUACAAACGCGAGUAAAACUGUGAUUGAUGAUAGGGAUCUCAUUGGAUCGAUAUAAUUAUAUAUUUUAUUUAUGUUGCUUUAUAUAAUAUAUCAAAACUUGCAAUGAAAAUAACUGCGAUAAGCUUCGAUUACGUUUAUUGUCCUUCACAUUGUAAAAUAGUCAAGAAACUUAAAAAAGGUUAGGGACCCCCCAUGCUAAGGAAACCAUGUGUCGAAGCAAUAAGAUGAGACUAUUAGUUUAACAAGACAUUGGUUAUACUGGUUCCUAUAUUAUUAUAGUUUUAUCAAUAAUAUCAAAGUUAAAUUCUUAGUAUUAAAAUUGACAUUAGAUUUUUCGUGAUGCAGGUUUAUUUUGGUAGUGUUAUUUAAUUGGUUAUGUUAAUUUUACUUAUUAUCUAUAUUAUUUUUGCUUUGAAAGUUUUAGUUUUUGAUUUUGUUACGUGUAUCCAUUGCCAUCCCUAUCAUUGUAACGGCAAUCGAUCUAUAGAUUCACAUACGGAACUUGCAACAACUAUGUGUACAAGUGAGUUGUAUUCUAUAUUAUAAAAAAAAAAUAUAUAAAAUAAAAUCUUGUUUACAAACACAGCCGACUUUAAAAAUAUGUAAUAGAAUACAUCUAUAGAAUACAGCUUAUUUGUUCUGCGUGGUGUGUUGCAAGUCGAGUCAUGUGCUUCGUAUUUUUACUUCAAUCUAAAUGUGCUUAAGCACUCACUCUGCAUUGACGUCGUGUAAUAGUAUGGAUAACAAGCUAUUAUAUAAAAUCUCGCCUGACUAAACGCACAUAACAAUAAAACUAUAGUACAUGCAUAGUUUUACCUCGUGAUUAUUGUUAGAUAUAAUGGUAAACACCACGUCUCCCUUAAGGACUUAUGACCCUGUGAUAGCUAUAACAAACAAGGAUAUAAUUAUGGAUUAUUAAAUUUUUAAGAUGCCUUAGAUGAAAUGUUUGAGCCUCAUCACCAUCUUUUGUUAAAUGUAUUAAUUUUGUUACCGAAAUUUAUAAACAUUGUUCCAAUUUGGAAAUCGCAAUAAACUUAUCAUAAAAACAUAAAUAUUUGUAUCUGUCAAAUCAUAUUGAUAAGUGUAGGCUAGCGAUACUGAACUUGCGCGCAGUGAAAUGAAACUUCAGGUAUAGAAAUUUCCUGCAUUACAUGGGGCAGGCAAAAUUGCUUAUUAUUAGUAUCGCUAGAUAAACCACAUAUAAUUAUAACUUACGUGAAAUUGCAAGAAGCAAUUAUAUCAUUUAAUGAUAUAAAAAGUUAACAAUGUUUGUUAUCAAAAUUUUGUAUAGUUAUUUUUAUGAUCGGCAUCGUUCUUAGAUUUGAUAUUGGCAGAUAUUAAAUUAAACGGCUGGUAGGCACGAUGUCAGUUUCAAAAAAAUGAGGUUUAGACAGUAUGAACUUUAUUUUCAAAGUGAUGACUUGGCUGUGAGUUUGAAAGGACUUUUGUUACGUGUGUAUAUUAAAGUUCUGAACGCAAUAACUUAUGGUUGUUUGCGACUUAUACGGUCGACAUUUUAUACUCCGCUGCUACGGCCUGGCCGCAACUUAGCUUGGUUUGGACAAAAGCCCGUUAAAUUAUGAUUGUAAUAUACACCGUGAAUUUAUAGACUUACAUUAACAGCUCACUUUGUGCAGCCACUGACCAAACUGAUACUUGAAGUGGGAGGCUGUUGUAAAACAAGAAAACACCGAUUAUGUCACAAUUUUGAUCGUCAUUUCGGAGAAAUAUUUUGUAAUAUUUUUACAGUAAGAAAGCUUCAGUCAUCGAUUCUAUAAGUCUUCCAAUAUGCUUAUCUAUGUCUUGUUAUGGCCACUUAGUUUGUUACUGUCGUAUUUUUUUCCACCGACACUGCUAUAUCCAUGUUUUUAUCUACCAUCAAAUCUAUGAACGACUUAAUAAUACCAAAUAUCAGCAUUUCUGAAUUCAUUUUUAAUAGAAACUCUUUUGAACUGACAUUCGAUUAAGCAAUAACAUAUUGUGUUCAUUCAAACUUACGGAGCGCCAAUCAGCUUUCGUGAACUAGUGCACAUUAGUGUAUACAUGUUACGGUUUGAUGUUGUCUCCAGGAUAGUUUACGGGGUGUAGGGAACCUGCUUCUGUACAUGCCACUCUCUAGUUAAUAUAACUUUAAGGGCCAGUUUCACGAACACCAGCAAUGCAACUCAUUUGCAAGUGAUUCUAAUAGAAAACAACAUAUUUGUCCAAAUCAUUUAUAAAAUAUUUAUACAUAAUAUUGAAUAGACUUUUCUGGUUACUCAGUUACAAAACUGUAACUGAUUUGAUUUUCAGGGCGGGGUUAUAGAAUCGUUGGGUUGCGAAUAAAAGAUAAUUAAAAAUAUUUAUAAAAGACUUUAUGAUAAUAAAACAUUUAUUCAAAAUCAUCUAUUUCAUGAUGACGGGAUUAAAUAAUCAUGUGAGCUUAGUUUGAAUUCUUUUUCCUGUAGAAAAGAAACCAUUUAAUGAAUUUUAAUAUUUUUUUAGCCUGACAAUACGCAGAUUGCUAAUGUUACGCAGUAGGAAUACAAUUUCGUAUCUUUUUAAUGAAUUGUGAAUUGUACAUCUGAUAAAAUCACUUGACAGAAAAUAGG